CUCCGCUGCCACACCAGGUCUCACCCACCUCUCCUCCUCACCUCGACCUACUCAUCUCCACCACAAUGACUUCCAUCACCGACCGCCUCGAGGCGCUCAAGGCGCAGGAGGACGUGCUCCCGCUCGACGAGUUCGCGGAGCAGCUGAAGGAGCUGCACCUCGAAGAGCGUGCGCAGGUGAACGCGACGUGGACGUCGGUCGCGCAAGAGAAGGCGCGGCACGUCGCGGAGCGGCGCGACGCGCAAACGCGCCUCGCCGACGCCAAGCGCCGGCAGAUCGAGGCUGUGCACGUCCUCGCCGCGGCACAGCGGCAGCUCGACGGCGCGCGGCGCGAAGUCGCGGCUGUCGAGACCGAGAUCGCCGACACGGACGGGCGCAUCGCCGCGCUCGCACGCGACAUCGAGAGCGAGUACAUCGCGCUUGCGACGCCGCGUGCGCGGCCCGUGUACGAGUAUUUUGCCGCGUUCAUGAAGGCGCACCCUGGGAUUAUGAGCCCGCGCGCGGGGACGCCGUCGAGCAAGACCGUGUCACUGCCUGCUAGCCCCGACGCUAAGGAGGCUAAGCUUGACGAUGUCGUCGUCGAGGUUGUUGAGGUUGCUGAGGUCGCCGUCGAGGCGUGAUUUUCCUCACAUGAGUUCAUAGAAUGGCGAUAGCACCGCUUCGCUUAGCAUAUCAUGGCAUUAGUCCGGUCUGUAGAAGGUCUGGAGUGUAAAUAGUUAGGGAUGCAUGGGUCGUCGUCCGGUGCGGGAG